AAGGAAACGGAGGACUUGAUAGACCUGCCUUUCUGAAGACUUCAGAAUAAUUCUGUUCCAGGAAGCUGCACAAAGAGCAAGUUACACCGUGAUGAAAAACUUUUUGCAUACGUUUGUUAGCCUUUAACAAAUCAGAGUGUUAAGGUUUGGAAUAUUUUACACAUUCAUGUUUUGAUCGUUCUCUGAACUGACACAUAGCUAAACCCUGGAUUUCUUCAUUUACGGUCAACUCUUCAAGAAACUUUGCAUUUUUUUCCGAUUGCUUUCAUCACGACCAGCAGACAGAAGAGAGUAAAAUACUGUUUUAAGAAAUGACACGCAUGAACAACUUUUGCAGGUCAUCUGAAAUACCCGGAGUCCCAGAGGGUAUGCAAUAGGCCUUUUCAAGAUGUACCAAAUAUCUCAUCUAAUGUCAACACCAACAGCAAGUAAAUGUUCUUCAGAGUCUGAUCAAGAAGACCAUGGGCAAAGAGUGUCCCCUGGACACAUUUUGCCAAGUUAUGCUUAUAGCUUUCUGGAUAAUGAAACGUCCUAUGAAUGUUGUUCAAUAAACCCCUUGACCGGCUCUUUCUUCACGUGUCGCCGGAGUCCUCGGCUUCUCGCUAAUGGCUAUUACAUUUUGACUGAAGACAGUUUUCUGGCAGAUGAAGAUGGCAACGUAACAUUGACUCCAUCACAGACAAGUGUAACCUACAAGGAAAACUUAGUGAGGAUAUUCAGGAGAAGGAAGAAAAUCCGGGAUCGUUCUCUUGCCAGUCUGCUUAAUCUCAGUGCCUCGCAUUCAUGGCUCAACAGCACAGUCCUUAGUGAUAUGGAUUCUUCUCAUAUGGAAGAACCUUGGAUUGAUGGGUGCGGUAAACUAGAUACCAGUCAGAGCUGCAACUAUGGUGACUCUGAAUUUUCUCUCAGCUGCAAUUCCUGGAUGUCAGAAAGGCAAACUCCAGCAGCUAAGGAGCCCUCUCUCACAAAAGAUGAGACAUGCAGUCAGUCAAGAAAACAGUUUUAUGAUUCCUCUUCCUGCUCCCAGUUUAUGGCAAAUGAAUUUGGAGAAACUUUGGUUUAUUCAAAAUCCAGUACAUUGAAAAAUGUGUUUUAUCAAAUAAUUAUGCUGUCCAUGUGUUUAAUCAUCUUCAUUUGUGCCAGAUGCUUCCUGGGAGGAGUCUUUGUCCAUCUGCUGGCCUUUUUGCUGCUGAUCAUUUUAUUUUAUGCUGCCAUGUCAGCUGUUUUCAGGCUUGUCGUGUCUUUCAAAACCACCAAAUUGCGGAAAUAACUGAGAGAAUGAACUGGUUUGCUAGCACCUACGCCUUAUAUAGCUGGAUAUCAUCUUCCAUCUGUCUCUGCAAAAUUCAGCAGAAUCAUCAGUAUCCUUGUCCUGAGUAACACAAUAUUUGAACUGUGUUUGGAUCCAUUCAUUGAUUUGUGUAAGACCAUCCUUCUUAGCAGAGUGCCUGCACCUGAUCUUGCAAAUUGAACCGUGAAGGCCAAACUCAUAGCUCCUGCAGAGUACUAUUUAUGUCAGUGGGGCCCUGUUGAGCCAUAGGGGUCUACCCAAGCUUUCAGCUUGCAGUAUCUGGGGCCUUUGCAAGUACACAUAUAUAAAUAGGCAAAUGAUUAUCAAUCCCUGCAAAUCCAUUUUUUGUUAAUGUCUACACAACGUUUUCCAGCUUUGUUUCUCUCUCCAUACUACUUGUGUUAAGGUUUUAUCAUAAUUUGAGAUCAAAGGCUACAAACAAACAUCGCAUUUAUCCCGGAUAAACUAUUGCAUCCUGGGACAAAAUGCAAGUUUACAGACGUCCAUGUUCUUUAUCCCAGGAUAAAUCCUUAAAGAGUUUCCUGGAUCAAGGGUAGGAACAGUUUAUCCUGGGAUAUUGCAAAGUAUGUCUGUAUAAUUACCCAAGGAUAGCAUCAUUUAAUCUAGGAAAGAAAAAUGACUGCAUUCAGCUGCUCACUAAAACCUGAUCAGAAGUAUGAUGUGUAUACACACAAAUAUCAGACUAUUUUUCUGCUGUGAUAAACACAAGCACAGGCAGUGCCAGAUUAAAACAUGCGGCCCCAAACUAUGUGCAAUUUAAGAGGGCCCAUACAAUAAAAAUAAUCCAUGACAUUGGGUUUUCAUGAAAUUUUAAAAUGAAUUAUUGUUAUUUCUGCACAAAUUUAUGAACUCAAUAUGAAUAAUAACUGUGGAGCCAUAUAUAUGUAUAUUUUUGUCAUAUUAAAAUAAAAAUGUUCAGGUUUUUUUGUUCUUAUUUAGAGGCCCCUCAUAUUGUGAGGCCCUGAGCUGUAGCUUAAGUAGCUUAAGCCUAAAUCUGACCCUGAGCACAGGGAUAAAUGCACAGUCCGUUCCUAGGCUAUGCGAUUUAAACUCUGAUAAUGGUUCUGGAUAGUGCAGAGUUAAUAGAUAUACUUAAAUCUCUUCAUUGUAUCAUUUCUGUAAGAGCCUUUUGGCUUUUGUUUCUUUUAAAUUUUCUCUUCCUAUUUUUGAAGACACAAAAAUAGGAAUUAAAAAACACAAGAAAGUGUACAAUUUGACUAUGCCAGAAGAGUGCUUCCUCUUGGCAGAAACCAGAAGAGUAACUUUCAGGAAAGGCAGACAUCAGAGGGUUGGAAGAGUAGUUGAGGAGGCCGGAAGCCACUGGAUUUAAGGUCCAAAUAAUUCUGCAGCCAUAAUCUUUACCAUGGGCAACUGGUGCCUCCCAAGUCUGUGGGGGCACCAGAUCGCCGACGGGGCGGGGAGGGGGUGGUCCCUCAGCGGCCGAUCACCAAGCCAGCAGCAAAAUUGGAAGUGCACUUCUGGUUUUGCAGCUGGCACUUCCCGGGGGUGCACAGGCAAUUUUAGGGGGUGCAUGUGCACCCGCGUGCACCCCCUACAUGUCGCCAAUGACCUUUACUUUUAAAACACUGAGCCCUACUUUCCCAGUUGGAUGUAUGGAACUGCAGAGAUGAUGCUAAACAUGAGUCCUUUUCCGUUACCAGCAGCUGUUGCUCUGGAAAUACUCAGAACACAAAUAUUAGUUAGCUAGCACAGUCUAGACCUUCGUUUCCUUAUGCAACAUUACUGCCUACAAGCUCCCUUUACAACCCUACUUGACUUGUGCUGAAAGGGCCAUCAUAGUAAAAUUAAGAGGGAGGGGGACAAGCAGGGUACCAGCCCUGGAUGCCAACUUUCAGGAGGCACAAAAGUAACAGCUGGUCCUAUUACUGGCCUCCCCUGUGCACUGCCCAGCUGCACCUCUGAUGGAAAGCCACAGUUACUUGUGGAAGGGGCAAUUCUUCAGGCAGGAUGCAAAUAGGCUGGCAAAUAUAGAGGAAAGAUUUUCAAAUUUUUGAAAAAAUAAAAGGAAGUUCUGAUGCAAGAAGGAGCAAGGAAUAAUGAAGCACUGUUAGUUGUCCAUAUUUUUACUGUAAUCCACAGAUAUGAACAGUCUCAGACAGGAUGCAUUUCUCUGUGAGAGAGAAAAUUCCUGAGGGUGGAAGGAAAAGCGUGGGGGAGGGAGCUGGAAGUAUUUCAUGUAAACAGGCUCACCUUUAAGGGACAAAUACCUUUCUGGUUCUUCAACAGUAACACUCAAGCAGGGCCAAGCCCAACCACAAUGCCUACUGGGAGCAAUAACAUACUGUUGGUGAAUGUGUAAAAUACUGAUAUCUGUUGAUAAAAAUAGGCCAGGAAGUUUUAGUAAAUAAAAGAAGACAACAGGGUGUGCCUCAGGCACAGAAUCCUAAAAUAAAGGGAAAGUGCAUUAUGAUAGUAGUAAUAAUAAUAAUAGCAAUAAUAAAACUUGCACAAAGCUCAAUAUUUUUCUAGUGGUGAACUUGAGUAAUUCCCUGAAUAUGAAAUUACCUUUUUUAUUUGCUUUUAACUUUUUUGAGUACUAAAAUGGAUAUAUUACUGUGUGAUAUUUAUGUGUGUUGUAUAUGACUUAUGUUAUGUUUUAUGUUUUUAAGUGCACUUUAUAGCUUAACAGGGCACAUUUCUUUUUAUUGCUAAAAAAUGUCUAGAAAAGAUGACUAAGGGAAAGGAGGGUCUGUCCUGAGAGAGGAGAUCAAAAGUAUAUCUUUGCCACAUCUACAAAAUUCCUGUGAUCAUAACUCAGAAAUAUAUCCUGGCCACUUGCUUCUGCUCAGCGUGCAUCUCACACUGAAACAUUUUAUAUAGACACCGGUGUCAGAAGCACCUCUGAGACAGAGAUCACGAGAGGGUCCCUCGGUUUGCACCAAAAAAGAACUAUGCAAUAUUUUUUGGAGGGAUAGGCUUAUUUCUUGGCUACGUUCUGAGGAUCUCACCACAGGGGUAGCAUAGACAAGCCCACAAAGAGCAUGCAUGGCUUGUUAAGCCUAUCAGAACAAAAGCUGUAAGUGUAUAGACUGUUCUCUUCAAAUACAAUGGGGAAAGAGUGAGAAACACCAGGGAGGAAGAAGAGUUACUUUAAAGGACAAUGUUGGUAUGAGCAUAGGUGCAGCACACAGGAGCUCAAGCACGCAUGGAAAAAAUUAGGAGAUGCUCAGCACCCAUGAGCCACAUUGGUUGAAAUAACCAGGUUGAAAUAACGCACUGCCUCUUCUGGGCAUAUGCAGGGCUCGGUGUAUGAAUACCCCAAAAAAAGCACCCACUGGCAAAAAUCAAAGUUGGUGCCUAUAAGUAUGAAGACAAAUGGGUAUAAAAUAAAUUGCCCAUGAAUGAAUGUAAGAUGGACAUUUUAAAAAAGUUUCUAACCAAUGGGGAUUGAGGGGAAGGUUCUGGAGCAACUUUCUAAGAGGAGUAAUGAGAAAAAUGUGAGUGGUUUUAAGAUUUCAUAGACCUUAGGGCUGGAAGGGACCUUGGAAGAUCAUCGAGUCCAGCCCAUUGCCCCAGGGGCAGGAAACCAGCAGGGUUCAUAGGAUCGCAGCAAGAUAAACAUCCAAAUUUCUCUUGAAGGUGUUCAAAGUAGGCUAUUCCAGACCUUGGGGGUUCGGACAGUAAAUAAGUUCUUCCUUAUGUCCAGCCUGAAAUGGUCUUCGAGGAGUUUAUAACCAUUCGAUCUUGUCAUCCCUUGGGGCGCUCUGGUGAACAGAUGUUCCCCCAGAUCCUGGUGAGCACCCCUGAUAAACUUAUAGGUGGCCACCAAAUCACCCCUGAGCCUGCUGUUUUCCAGGCUGAAGAGUCCCAUGGCUCUCAGCCUCUCAUCAUAAAGUCUGUUUCCCUGACCUCUGAUCAUGUGCGUGGCUCUUCUCUGCACUCUCUCAAGCUUCUCAACAUCCGUUUUGGGCUGUAGAGCCCAAAACUGGACACAGUACUGAUGGUGUGUGUCCCCCUUAAGAUCUUGUUGAAGGUGGAGUUUGGUACAUUUUAUUAACAGGAUUAUUUUAUGUAGUUGCCUGCAAUAGCAAGCCAACUGCAUUAGGUGUCACAGGAGGCCCCCAUAAUCCUAUAUCCCUAUGAAUCUAUAAUUCACUUUGUAUUGCUUUGCAGUAUUGUAUUGGAAUGAAAUACAAUAUUAUGUCAUAUUUAAUCAAGUGGGAUGCACGACUAAAGCUAACAUUGUCUAACCUAGAUGCCUAAAUCCACAGAUAGGCUUCUAAAUAUGAGCAGACCAACUUUCAAAGGCGCUAAGCAUCUGCAGCUUUCAUCCAGAGGAUAUUCAAGUGCAGGGGGAUUUUUAACAGUAAUUCUAGGGAACUAAAAAUCAUGUGUUGACUGCUGGUUAGACACUCAUGUACUCAGAGAUGCCUACUGUAAUCUUAUGUUUCUACCCCCAUACCUUGGAGGUUGGACUAGAUGAUCCUUGAGAUCCCUUCCAUCCCUAUAAUUCUGUAGUUCCACUUCCACUAAUUGAAUUUUACUGUAUAAAAUAAGUUUUAAUUUAUAGAAGUAUUUAAAAACAAACCUAAAAGGAAUUUUUAAGAUGCACGUAACAAGAAACCUAUGACAAGUUGUCACUGUUGAAAUCCUUGAUUACCAUGUCCCUUCCUGUAUUGUUAUUCCUUGUUCCAUAUAAUUUAAUUUCAGGCUCAAGCCUGCAAAUUCUUGACAGUGCACACAGUUCUUCCCAUUCUUGAUGCAGUACAUAUCUCUGAUGAAAGGAAAAGGUGAUUUUUUUUUCUAUCUGCAAGGCACCAUACAUACCAAUGGAACGAUGCAGAUAACGGUAGCACACAGAACCUAAUGGAGCAGUAGAUUCUAUACCAGUACAUAAAAUAGGUCUAUAUUUUGGGUCUGGAUCCUUUCAUGCACAUGCUAAAUCUUUUAUAAAUGUUCAUAUAUUUUAAGUUAAAUUGAGAGUAGUUAUUAUUUCCUCUAGUACUGCUAUGGAUAGAGAAACUUGCUAAGAAUUGUACAUGUCCUGGUAUAGUUUGCUUGUUAUCUGCUUGUUAUGUCUUAUUUAGAUUGUAAGCUCCUUGGGGCAGGAGCUGUUGUUUAUUAUCUGUUUGCACAGCACCUAGCACAAGACACCCUGCCUUGGUUGAGGCUGAUGGGCAUUACUGCAAUGGAAAUUUUUAAGAAGAGUGAUGGGUUGUAUAGAGAAUUAAUGAGAAGACAUGGGUUCAGAUCCUGAGCUGCCAGUUUCCACUAGCUGAGUUUCUACCGUACAGCAGUUUAGCAACUGAGGAUUGCUCAUACACGUCAAAAGCUCUAGGGCUUGAUGUCACCGUCCUUCCUCAUAUGAAUGUUCUUAUGAUGGACUAUAAUAAUAUAUUUCAGAAUACUUCUAAUGGAGUGUACUGAUAAUGCUAUAAAGCUUAUUUUCUCACGCUGAAGACUGGUACCUUUAUAUUGCACGUUCACAUAUUUUAGUAAAUAAACGUUAAUGUUUUAAACGAAAA